CAUGUCCUACCUCCCACAGGCAGCUGGCUGGACACUGCGGGAGCCGACUGCUGGACGAGAUGUGCCUUCGCUCUAAUGCAGCAGGACGGUUCUUCUCUUGAGCUCUUUGCCUCUCCUUCCCUUCUGCCAUGGAAGUCCUUGCAAGAGGCAAUCCCAGUGCCAAAAAUGCAAACCCUUUUCAUCAACCAUGUUUACACAUUACAGCAAGCCGGAACAUCUGAGAAUUCUGGCUUCCCAUGACUGUGUAAGCAUGCUAGUGUACACCAUUCAACGGCUUCUGUCUGGCUUGUCCUACCAGCAGGGACAGAGAAAAAACUCAGGGAAUUUCCAUUUGUGGUCUGCUUACCAGGCCAUCUGAGCUAGAAUUUCUGGCUUGCUCUUCUACUAACAUGUUAGAAUGGGAAGCCAAGAUGUGCUCUUGACCCUGACGCGGGCAUAGCAGUAAGCGAGCCACGAACAGAGGCUCCCUGUUUUGGUGAGCUGCUUCCACCGCAAGAGGACUCACGUGGGAGAGACAAGUAGCAAGCACCAGCACUCUUGCUUGUGUUGCAGGAAUUCUGCUUUUUGGAACAGGGCCGGUUUGACACUCAACUGCCACUCAAUUGCCUCUGUAUGUUGGGGAGGCAUGCUAUGUUCUGAAGCAUUUAGCCCUUUGGCUUGCGUGGUCUGAAACACUCAACUGCUGCUCUGUGUAGGGGAGGCGUGUUCUGUUCUGAAGCAUUUAGCCCUUUGGUUUGCAUGGAUGGUUCUUCCAGUCCAGACCUUCAAAGUGGCAGAAAGAGGAAAUCAGAUGACAGAACAAGAAGAGGUUGGCUGGUUUGUUCUUACUCCUCCUGCUAGCCUUGAAUUAAGUUUGAGCCUGAACAAGGAAUCAACAAAAGAAAAGAGGCCACAGAGCUUCCAGAAAGCUACAACUGUGGGAUGAAGAGGAUUUCCACAUUAACCAUCACAAAAAAUGGACAACCAUCAUGGGGAAGCACCUGAUGAGCUGCUGGCUAGCGAUUCUCUUUCUCCUGCUUCUGACUGAAGUCUCUCUUUCCAAAAAGAAGCCCAAACCCAGUGGCGGCGGUGGGAAUACAGGACAGCGUCCUCCUAGCUACCCUCACAACCCUGCCUACCCCCCACGACCCCCAGGCUACCCUCCACAAAAUCCUGGCUACCCACAUAAUCCUGGCUACCCUCAGCAACCUGGCUACCCACAGCGCUACCCGGGCUACCCUCAGCAGCCUGGCUACCCACAGCACAAUCCUGCCUACCCCCGCCCUGGCUAUGGGGGAGGCUAUGGGGGAGGCUAUGGGGGAGGCAGUCCAUAUGACAGCAAGCCAUGGAAGCCCAAGCCACCCAAAACCAAGCUGAAACACGUGGCAGGAGCUGCUCUUGGAGGAGCCGCAGUGGGCGCGGUCGGGGGCAUCCUCCUCGGCUCCGCCAUGUCCAACAUGCGCUUUAAUUUCCACAGCCCGGAUGAGGAGCGGUGGUGGUACGAAAACCGCAACCGCUAUUCUGACCAGGUUUACUAUCCAAAGUACGACCAGUCGGUUUCACGGGAUGUCUUUGUGAGAGAUUGCACCAACGUCACCGUGACGGAAUACAUCGAGCCCAGCGGGAACAAAACAGCAGACGAAAUGGAAGCCAAGGUCGUCACACGCGUGGUGCACCAAAUGUGCACAGAGCAGUACCGGCUGUUAUCCGGGGUCGCGAUGCUGCUUGCCAACCCUUGCAUAUUUUUGCUCAUCGCACUGGUUGCAUCUUUCCUGAUACACUGAGAUCGCGCACUGUCAGCAUCCACCUUGUGGAUCUGGGCUAAGAAGGGGUGAGAUCUGUACAAAGCAGUGGGCCUGGGGGACCAUGCGGUCUUGCUUCUGCACUCCUUUGGUGGAGUGUCUUUAAGAGCUAAAUAUUAAUCAACAUGCUAGCUUCUGCUGAGCACACUUAUCUUUUGCAGUCAUGUAUGAUUUUUUUAGUGGUACAAAAAUAGUAGGGAAAUCAGACAAGAGACUAUUUUGUUAUGAAAGAUGUGGGGGAAAACCUCACCAUGGAUGAGAUAGCAUCCUUCAUAGAUCAUCGAGCUAAUUUAAACAAACAUGAACAUAAUGACUGCAUGGAAAAAUAUGUCCUUGGCUAGUUUACCCCCAUUGGACUGGCUCUUCGAGAAAUCUUAGCAGCAAGUUUUGUUUUUAAUGCACUAAGCCAUUGAUCCUAAACAAAAGGUGGCUUUGAGAGAAAGGUUUUCCAGUUCUUACAUAACGAAAUGUGUGUGUGUGGGGUGGUGAGGGAAUAGGAUACACAUGGCUCAUUCUUCCUCUUAUCCACAGUGGAGAAAUUGUAAAUUUCAAAUUGUAAGCUGCCUUGGGAAUGUAGUUACCUAGAAAUUGUGAAUUUCACAUUGUAAGCUGCCUUGGGAAUGUAGUUACCAAGAAAGAAAGGGAAAGGUGAAAGCUCCCUUCUGUAUUCUAUAAAGAUUGGAAUUUCAAGAAGCAGAGGGCUUGUCCACAAAGAAGUAUCUCACACUCCUGAAACAAUGUUUUAGCAAAUGGGGCUGCCCUGUUUAGAGAUACAGACCAUUGUGGCUGUUGUAUAUGUCAUGCUUCUGAUCAUAAUCAGGCAGGCUAGGACAUCCAUCAGGAGAUCCAUACAAAUGUACUUAUAAAAGCAUGUAACCACCUUCCUGUACUCUUAGGUGAACUUGCCCAUCUGUCUGGUCAGUUGCAACCCGAACUCCUGGUAGGUUGCUGAGUCUUUAAUUAUUAGCUUGUUCAUCUGUGGAAAACCCCAUAGUUGCCAACACCAUUUCAUGUCGCAGUGAAUCCAUUUGGGUUGUACAGCCCUUCUCUUCCUGUUGGUUGAGGCGGAGCUGAUCUUCUGUUGAAGGAAAUCAUCUUGGUUCCUCAUUUGCUGCUUAUAACACUCUGAACUUCUUGUCUUUGGAUGAGGAAACUUGAAUAAAAUAUCCUUUUUUCACGGAAAAAUAUUUUAUUACUACUAAAACUGAUUGAGGAAAGAGGGGUCUAUAGAUGAAUUCUUAGAAGUCACAAUAGCAUGUAAAAUAUCAUAGACUACAAAAGUAUUACUCUUUACAAGCAUGGUUGGUGUAUAGCUGUAAGUAGACCUUCCUUCGGGAAGACCUUUGUGUUUCAUUCCAGAAGUCACGCAGCACCCCCAGAUUACGUCAUUAGGACCGGUGUGUGCUUCCUUGAGAGCAGAAUUCCAGCUCAUUGCCUGCUCAAACGUUAUGUGACCUUUAUCAGUUCAGCCAAUGCCACUGAGCUUCUGUAAGUCUUAGCACGAGGCUGAUUUUUCAGUUUACAAAGUUACUAAGGACUUUUGGGCUGACCCUGUUGAACUUUGAAACCAACUUUAAGGGUCAACUGCUGGUACCACAGCCAUUCCAGAGUUUGCAUCUAUGGGGUGUUCUGUGCAAACUUGAAGCCCAUGAAUAGACAUUACUUUAAGGGCUUCUGUACAUGAAGCAUUUGGUUCAGUCAUGCUCCUUUUCCAUGGAAGUUUGCAGAUGGUUUGCACUAUCAUCUGCCAGGGCUUUCCUGCAUUUAGCAACUAUUUUUGCAGCUUUUUGUCAGAUCUAGGAAAGCCUGACAUUAUCUGGAAAUCAUUCUAUAAGAAACUUGUGUAUUUUGCACUUCUACUUUGUGGUUCUGUAAUGGGACACAAAGAAAAGCAGCAAAGGAAAAACUCACCUAGAGAAGAGCCAGUUGUAAUCCUGCAAAGAAUCCUUUAGCAGAAGCCUGAGAAAAGUGGUGGGUUCUAAACUUCAUAUACAGAAACCCUAAUCCCAAAUUAGGGGUAUUAGGAACACACCAGAGUUAAUGCAUUUCAGCAGUUAGCUACUUGGAACAAUGCCAUGUUUAACUUAAGACAGACAUUCCAAUUGAAGAGUACACGAAUUCUAAUUCUGUCUGUCCUGUAGUGAUGGCCUGUAGUUUUUCUAAGUUGUGCUUGUUUUUUGAUUUAGGGUUUUGUUUUUUGCUAUUCCAUGCAUUGGUUGACUUGCUGAUGAUACUGUGUUUGUAUGAGAGUAGAGAUUUUUUAAGUGUAGUGGAAAUGUAAAGGGUAAUUUUUCUUGAUAUAACAUAUAUGCUGUACACUUUGCUAGCAGAUUAUUGUGCAGACUCAUCUUUAAAAAUUAAUGCUUUGGUGCAACUAGGAGAAAGCAAAGCACAAAAGGAAAAUGGUGAAUUUUGAAGUCAUAUGCACUGCUUUGAGGACGCUUUUGUAAUUUGGCAGGUGCUUAAAUAGUUAUUUUCUGGGUUUUUAAAAAAAUAAAUUUUAAGUAAAAUUAAACAUGGCAAAUA